AUGGAUUCUUCAGCACUAGGGUUUAGUUUUGUGAUAUUGGUCAUAAUCUUGUUUCAUAACCUUCCUUGUACUCUAAGUAACCCAGCUCUCUUGUCAUGCGACUCUGUUUUCGAGUGUGGAAACGUCAAAGCAAAAUUCCCAUUCUGGGGAGAGAAUCGUGGCGAACCUUGUGGUCAUCCAUCUCUAAAGCUUACCUGCGACAGAGUUUCAAACAAAACCUCUCUAAAUAUCUCCAACAUCUUGUUCAAUGUCCUUCACAUGGACAACACACUCAAAACUCUUAAACUUGUAAGACAAGAUUAUUCUCUUUCUUUCUGCUCUGUUAAAUCAUUCACCGAAACAAAGUUUCCUACUAAACUCUUUGAGCAAUCACUCGAUUACAAGAACCUCAUCGUUUUCUCUGACUGCGACCCUCACUUUCAUUACCUCGAGAAUUUCACUUGUUCAGAGGGAGGGAUUGGCUCGGUGUAUCACAGCGGAAAUUAUUACCGGUUAUGUCGAACGAUAUCCAAAGUUGUCGUUCCUGCGGGUUUUGUACCUGAAAAAGAAGCUUGGAAUAUAGAAAAUGUCUUGAAAAAAGGAAUCGAAGUGAAGCUGAAGAUCAAUGAGAGACCAUGUCAAAAGUGUUUAAAAACUGGUGGAUUUUGCAGCUUCGACAAGUCUGCAACACAGUUUUGCUGCAACACAGUUUUGCUGCAAGGAAGACUUUUCUUUUUAUCCAAAUAG